UGACGUGACAAAGUGAACAUUUUUUCAAUGCCCGUGGCUAUAUAAGCAUAAAGCCCCAUGAUCCAUUGCUCAGUUUAAUUUUCUAAUUAUGUCUUUUCGGUGUUUCGUUGCUGAAAUUUGUAUGGCACUCCUGCUUAUAAGUGAGUGCCAAACGGAGCGCAAAUGGAACUACGAACCGGUAUCGACCGAAGCCAUGUCAUCCGAUGAGAGUCUAAUGAAGAUAGAUGUCAAGAUUGAGCGCAUCAAUCGCAGAUCGUAUGGACUGACGGCCAAAGUUGAGUGGAACUACGAUACGACUGAGGAAACUAUGGUCGAGGCCAAUGUCCUUCGAAGCUACACGGGCGAUGCCAACGAUUACAAGUUGCUUCCUUGGGCCAUUCCGAAGCAAUCUCUUUACGACCACAUGAACACCUAUUACAAGGAUGUGUCGAUGAAGAACUUUAAGCACUGUUCCAAUGUUCCGCAAUUCGAGGGCCAAUUCCAGCCGCCAUUGCCAAAGAAGACCUAUUUCGGCAACAAAUGCGUGAUUGAUGGCGAUGGAUUGCCAGAAAUUGUUCCCUCCGGAUUCUACAAGAUUAUACUAAAAUGCUACGGACCAAAUCAACCGACAUGGAACUCUACCUCAGUUUUUAAAAUAACACCGAAUUUGAUGUAAAAUUGUAAUCUCAGAUAAACACCUUUUUUUCAGCGUUUAUAUCUAAUAAAAUCAAUCGUAAAAAUGAUAAA